AUGGAGUCCCUCUUUGGGGGCGAGCUGGGCCUCCUGGGCGGGGGCGAGGGGCUGAGGGAUGACGGCUGCGGCUUGGGGUCGGGGGUCAACUGGUCGGCCUCACCCAUCCAAGACGACAUGUACCCCUCCCACUUCGCCCUGGCCGCCGCCUACCAUGACAUCAAGACGCGAUUGGCCAGCCUGGAGCGAGAGAACAGCAGCAUCAAGAGGAAGCUGAAGAACUAUGAGGUCAAGUUCCCUAUGAUCAGUGAGUUUGAGGAGGAGAGGACCCUACAGUGCUGCUCCUGUGAACUCAAGGAGACCAGCCUACUGCAGUCAGAGACCACCAACCUGCAACAGAGAGUCAACUCACUCACACAGGAGCUCCAGAAGAGUAAAGAGCGAGAGGAGAGACUGGAGGAUGUGAUUCAGGCCUAUGAGAAGAUCCACAUGGAGAAGAGUAAUGUUCAGAGAGACCUGGACAAGAUGACAACACUAGCAGAGCAGCACAUGGAGCGUAUCUGUGGUCUGGAGUCAGCUCUGAGGCAGAGGGAGGGGUCCCUGCAGAAACUCAGUGCUCAGCUGCACAGCAAGAACAUUCAUUACCUACAGCUACACACCAGUCUGGACGUGCCUCAGCGGAAUGGGCGGGGUCCGACCCUGCAGAGCUCUCGUAGUCUGGACGCCGUGUCCGACCUAAAGCUGCAGCGGUUGGAGGCGGAGCUAGAAGGGGCGCGGCAGCAGGCCCAGGGGGCGUGUCAGAGAGAGACGGAGAUGAAGGAGGAGCUACAGAGGCUGCAGCAGGAUGUACAGACACAGCAGGAGGUGACUACACUCUGUGAGCACUGUGACGUGGAGUGGAUAAAGAAGGCAGGAGAUGAACAGGUGAACCUGGCAUUGGCCUACACUGAACUGACAGAGGAGCUGGGUCGUGUGAGAGGUCUGGCUGUCAAACAGACUGAGAUCCUCAGGAAGGCAUCCCACGAGCAAAUGGUCCUAAGACACUCCCCAGCCCCCCAGCGUCGCUCCCCGGCCUCCCAACGCCCCUCCCCAGACCACCUCCACCCUCACCCCUCUCCUCCCCUCUCACCUUCCUCAUCCCCUUCUGGUCCCGCUUCCUACUCCCCCACUGGCCUCUCUUACUCACCCACCGGCCCAGCCUCCUACUCCUGCCGUCCAACCAGCCAACGGUUGCGUGCCCGCUUCCAGGGGCGCCGCAGCUACUCGGAGGUGGCCGACUCGUCUGCCCACCAGAGGCCCCCACCCAGGCUACUCCGUGACCCAGUCUCCACCCUGCCCAAGCCCAGGAACAUGGGGGAGCCUGGGGCCUACUCCCGCCCGCCCAGGGUUACCCUGGCGGGGCUCCCCCGGCCGGCCUCGGCCCGUGGAGCUGUAGGAGGAGGUGGUGGUGGUGGAGGAGGAGGAGGGGGAAGCAGCCUGAGCAGUAGUCCCCAUCACCAUGACCUGGAGCAGGGCUUCCCUCUAGCUGCAGAGGGGUGCCACUUCUGUCAUCUGGAGGAUUCCCCGGCCCCCACUCCACUGGUCACCCCGCCCCAGUCGUCUGAUGAUGAGGAGGAGUGGAGAUGCCCAUCCCCGGUGGCCAGUCCUCCCAGGACACUGGGGGUCAUGGGGGUAAGCUCACGGGAACCCCCUCCCUGCCCCUCCUUCUUGGCCCCAAAUGGCCCAGCUACUCUCACCUGCCACCUGCCAGGGUACCUGGACGCAGACCACGCCCAGUCCUGGCCAUCCAUCAAUUUGUGGAUGGAGACGGAGGAGAACGACGCCCGGAGCUGCCCGCUGUGUCAGCUGACCUUCCCCACCGGUUACCCUGACGACGCCCUCAUCAAACACAUCGACACGCACCUGGAGAACAGCAAGAUCUAACCGUUGCCCCCAGACACAGAUCUAGGAACAACUUACCCUGCCAAAUUCUAACCUAAACCAUUACCAGGAAAACACAUAACCGACCUUAGUGUCCAGAGGCGAAUUCGUCCUACUCCAGUCUGCUUCGCGUCAUGACUCUACCUGCUGAAAAAAUACAGGAUUUACGAUGGGCUCACCCUCAAGAAAAGUGACAGUACCACAAUUGCAGAUCCCCUUUGCAAUAUGGCACUCUAGAGGAACAGACUCCAUCUAACUGUAGAGAGGUGAUACUGUCAAGCCCCUAGUCGUUUUCUAAACUGGAAAGUUUCCUUACCUCUGUUUUUGACCAUGUUAGUUUAGGGCUAUAACAAGGGCCAGUGCUGUUUCUGAAUGCUCCCUAUCUCACCCAUGUUAUCAGGUAUGGUCUUUGACAUGGUUACCUCGCACUGUUUUUAAAACCAUCAGUAAAUGGGUCGCACCGCUAACUACAUGCUUUAUCAUAAAGUUUACUCUCCGUCAAACCAGAAUGAAGUCUUUGCCCAGACUUUAAGGGCAUAUUCAUAACUGGAGGUACACAGCACUUUUUUUGAAUUUAGUUCGAAUGGAAAGAAGAAUUUUCUUGAAUCUUGAUGAAAACCAAUCUUUAAGUGAAUGAAUUAUAGUAUCUCACGUGUCUUCAUAUAAUUAAAUUAAAUGAGUCAAGGAUGACAAUCAGAGGGGUUGGCGAUAAUAGCUAUAAAUGGUUGAGCUAUGGCGGUAUGUCAAGGACCCUGAAACAGGGAUAGGAUGGACCACUAUAGGUACCUCAUAAGAAACUCCUUUGUAUAUUGACAUUCAGGGAUUCAUGACAUUGUACCGCAGUGAUUAAAACUAGGGUAAUAACAGGCUGAAUAUGUUCUGGUUUUGUUGGAGCUGUACAGUGAAUCCAGGCUGUUGUUCUCCGUAGAUGAUGUGUGAAUCUCAGAAUACUGAAGCUUUAUAUGCAGUCAUCUCUGGUACUUGCCUACAGGUUGUCAAUACAAUUUAAAACCCAACGAGGGAGGAAUUUGACAAGAUACACAACACAUUACCUGAACAUUAGUUGAUUUCUCAACUCAGCCUAUUCUGAAAUUUGCACAGCAAUCAAUAUGAUCCGAAUACACUGGAUGGGAAUCUACCAUCAGUACAUUGUUUUACGUCAGAUCAGUCGGCACUGAUCAGUCGGUCGAGGGACGAGCGUCGCGCAGGGUUGACGCCACCAGUCGGAAGACAACGCCAUUAGUAUAGACCCCAUAGACGGUAACACUGCAAUCAACCACAAUAAAAAAUUGCGGGAUCGCUUCUGGAGGAACACCAAAACACUCUGCCAAUGAGACAGAACAGUACGGAGCUACAGGAAAUCGGAAAUGACGGAAUGACAUUUGAAAAUAGACAUGAACCCAUGUGUUCACAUUGC